AUGCCGCGCUCAUCUGCUGCGGGCAGAAAGAACCAGAGCAAUCGACACGAGAAUGGUCUCGUCGGCCCCGGCAAGAAAUUAACUAAGCAGAAAUCCAGUAGCCAUCUCAACGGCACGCACGCCAACGGCGCUGCUUCCGCGGCUGCCUCCGCGCCUCUCGACCUGUCCGCCCAUCGUUCGUCUAGCGAUACCGCGGUAACCUCCCCAGUAACCGGCGUCAAAGGUUCGGAUGGGUCGAAGUCGGAUGGCAAUGGCCGUGUGAUGGCAAAUGGACAAAGCAAGGGUGUGGAUGUGGCAUUGGGCCAGGCUAACAAUACUGCGCCGCAGAAUGGUAGCAUGGCAGGAACGGGUUCUCGCAAUGGCCCUGGAAAAAGAUCGGGGUCAAACGCCUCUAUUAACCCGCUUCAAUUCGCGUCCACUAUCCUCAAGUCCUGCCCCAUGUACGACACAAUCGCCAUUCUGAUUUUUCUGCUACAACUUCCGCCGAUGGUCCUCACGCUCGUUCAGUUCUUGUUCGCCUCCUUGACUUUUAUGCCUCCCAGUGGCGCCGCCGCCGGAUCUCUGUCUGCCAACUUCGACAUAUUUCAGGGUCCCGCCGGUACACCAUCUCUAGGGACGAUGAUGGCCAUGGAUACGUUCUGUCUACUCUUCUGGGGUCUCUUCAUGUGGACCUGGGCACAGAAUUUCGCAAUCGAUCUCGCUCACGUCCAGGUCGCAAUCACGUUAGGAGGUGGAGGAUCCGGAAAGAACGGCGGGGUCAAUGGUCUCUGUGUUGGAAUUGUUCUGCUUCUUCAUAUCGUCCGCAGCAAGGGCAUUCAAGAAUUUGUGGUGGGACAUCUCGUUUCUGCCAAAUUCAUCAGCCCGGAUCUGCUUUCUCAAUAUUCGAGUCUCCUACCCGCCGAGUUCCGACGUACCGAGGCAUCAACAUCGCCGAGUUGGCUGAGGAGUCUCCUCGCCGUACAUAUAUUAGCACAAGCAGGAACGGCCAUGGCAAGACGCGCGAUGGCAAAAAACAGGGCCCCCGCACCGCCUCGAGGUGGGAAACGUGGGGAUACGGAGGCUUCUGCGGGUUCGCAGGGGCAACCUGAUUCUGCGCUCGAGUCAGCUGCUAGCCUUUCUUCUUCUCUCAUGGGACCGGAUGGUCAGUUUGUCAAGGACGGCAAGGAUCGUUUAACAUCGGCCAAGAAACGCAGGAGACAAGCCAAUCAAGUUCGAAGUCGCCAACCGUUUUGGGCAGCUCUCGCCAGUACAAAGGUCACUGUCAUGCGAGAAUACGAACAUUCCAGAGCAUCUUCGAAAACGACAUGUGCUCUUACAAUGACUGAGGAGGAUCUUCAGGGUGUUUCUCUUGAUGACGGAUUGGUAUGGAUUACAGAUGUGGAUAGUUCUUCGAUCAAGUUUGCCGCCGGCGAUCUCAGUGAGGAUUCUACGGGAGCAAGUUCCAGCGAAGUCGGCCGCUUAGAAGGUGAUGUGGAACCGUUCUAUGUUUGCGUGAACGGGGCACUUUGGGCUACUGCGACAAUUCUCCGGGUGUCAGACCCCUCGAAGGGCCCGAGCAUGGUACAAUGGCGAGGCGAGAUUUCCGGUCUUGCCCCAAACUGUGCCUAUACUUGUUCUUUUGUGCGCAGCGAUACCGAUGAGGAAAUAUGCGUCAUGAGUGUCAAGACUCCCGCGACAGCUGACGCAGAACAAGGUGAGUCUCCAAGCAGUAGAAUAUUGCGGACAUGCAUGAAUCUUACCAAUCGAUUAGCUGUUUCUGCAGUACCGACGCCUCCACAGCCACUCUAUAGACCUUCCUCUCCUUCGACGACCCUGAAGAAUUCCAUCAACAAUGCCGAAGCCAAACUGAACGAGAAGCGCUCUCGGCUAAAGAAGACGAAGAAUGACCACAAGCUUCUCAUUUCGAGAAUCCGGAAGGAGCUAGACAACUAUAAUCAUCGUCUGCAAAGCGGUACCGAUGAGAACAAACAAAAGCAGCGUUCACUUCAGCUGGAGCGUAAUAUUCGACAGACGGAGGAAGCCACUACAGCGCUUGAACUGCAACUAGACAGCAUGGAGAACAUUCCAGAGGAAGAAGUAGAGCAGUGGAAUGCACAGAAGGCCGAUUUUGAUCGGGAAUUGGAGCGAUUUAAUCUCGCCAAGGAGAAGCUGCAGGAGGCUCGCCUUGCUGUAGCCCAGCAGAUUUCGUCGCUGGAGCAAGAAUUGAAUCUGAGUAUCCAGAAGAAGGAGCGACUUCAGGGCCGCCGGACUCGCGUCAACGAGCAGUAUGAGCGCAUAAUCUCCGCUAAUGCUCAAGGACUGAACGAACGAGAACGUCGUGCGGCUGAGCAGUUUGCCCGGGAACAAGACCAAGCCAAGAUGGAGAUCAGCUUCCACGAGCAAUUCGCGAGUAUCAGCCAAUCCGUGCAGGAUUUCCAACUGCGCACUGGUCUCCUUUGGCAGCAGGCAUCUGCGAUCGAGCAGUCAAUCCAACAGCAACAGCAGCAGAUGCUCAUGGACUCUGGUCCUCUCACUCCCGAGGGCAAUCUGCCUGGAACCAAUCCUCUGUCUGAGAUAAGCAGCCUGGCUGCCAAUGGUCCCAACGGCCGCUCGCUGUUGGCGCUCAGCUUUCCUCCAGCCAAGUCUAGUCCUAUGCAGACUUCCUCUUCUCCAGUCCAUGCGACAUCCUCGAAUCCAACCAGUCCUGUCCACGACGCGUUCAUGUCUCAAUUCCCGACUUCUCCACUUGGAAAUGGAAACUCCUACUUUGGAUCGGAAGUCAAUCACCGAGACCGCUCAUUCUCAAACCGCUCCAACCACAGCAGCUUGUUUGGAUCGGAGAUGUUCGAGCCCAAUCACUUCCCGUCUCUUCAGUUCGACCUGUCCGAGAUACUGUCUGAAAAGCAGCCUGCCGGCUCAGACACCAAUGGUUUUCUUUACCAGGCUGGCCGCCCUUCGUUGAGCCCCUUUCAACGAGCGGCAAGUCGCGGUAGCGGAGCCGGAAGUGGAAGUGGUAGCGGUGGCAGCGGGAGCGGCAGUGGAAGUGGCAGUCCGAAGUCAGCACGCGAUUGA